CCAUUCUUUUUCUCUAGUCGCCACCUCUAAAUCUCUCUCUCUCUCCAUUUUCUCUCAACAACAAAAAAAUCCAUUAGCAGAGUUAUUUCAAUGGCAGUUGAAGCAAGACAUCUCAAUCUUUUCACUCAACAACAGCAAAUGGUUUCGAAUCAAGGGAAUGGGUUUUCCUACAAUACCCAGAUGGGUGGUUCUUCUCUUUUGCCGUUACCGACGCCGGAGAAUAGUUUUUUGCCGUUUCAUCAGAGUUUGAUGUGUGAUUCCGUUCAGCCAAAAACCUCGGUGAAUACUGAUAGUGGUCUCACUUUUAAUCUUCCCACUACUGUUAACGCUACCACUGCUGCCGCUGUAGCGGCGACGAGGAAGCGGUCGAGGGAUUCGUUUAAUCAGUUUAAUACUUGUAAUACUACGUCGUUUGUUGGAGAUGACGUUUUGCCACUUCUACAACAAUAUCAGUGUGAUAUCGAUCGGAUUAUUUCGCUUCAUACUAAGAAAGUAAGGAUGGAAUUGGAAGAAAGGCAGAAACAUCAAGCGAGGGUGUUGGUUGCAGCAAUCGGAGAAGGUGUAUCAAAAAAACUGAAAGAAAAAGAUGAACAGAUUCAAAGAAUGGGGAAAAUCAAUAUGGUUCUUCAAGAAAAAGUGAAAAGUUUGUUCGUUGAAAAUCAGUUAUGGAGGGAUUUGGCACAAACAAACGAAGCAACAGCAAAUUCCCUUCGCAACAACUUAGAACAAGUAUUGGCUCACGUCGGCGAUGAACGAAUCUCUGCCGGCGGUAUCCUCGCCGGAGCAGCAGUUGAGGAAGACGCCGAAUCCUGCUGCGGCAGCAGCGACCACGGGGCUGCAGCGGAAGAAGAGGACGAAAUUGAAGGGCGGCGCACUGUAGUCGGUGAAGCGCAGGAUAACAGGAUGUGCAAAAGGUGUGGUGAGAGGGAAUCAUGUGUUCUGCUAUUGCCAUGCAGGCACCUUUGCCUGUGUGCUGUUUGUGGAUCAAGUUUAGUUCAUACAUGCCCUGUAUGCAACUCUAACAUGAAUGCCACUGUACAUGUUAACAUGUCUUCUUGAUUGAUCAAUCAAA